UAUUCAAAAGACCGCUGAACGGUUAAGAUGGAUAGGUUGGUGCUGGUAUCGAUAGUAGCUGCAGUGUUGUGUUUGAGUUGGUCAACCGUCCAAGCCCAGUUAGAUGGCAACAACUACCGACUGCCAAACAAUAGCUACCCGUUGCGUUACGACCUCGAACUGACCACGUACAUACACGAGGACGGCAGCGAUCGACAGUUUCGCUUCGAUGGACGAGUCAAAAUGCAAAUAUUUGUAAAGGAUGAACGAAACAGCACUAUAACGGUGCACUAUCGCUUGAUCACAAUCACCCACGUUAAAUUAUGGUCCUUUUUCGGCAAUGGAACCGAAAACGUGCUUUUGAAUGAUAAUAGCAGCUUUACGUUAGAUCCUGUAAGGGAAUUUGUGACAGUGACACCACCAGGUGUUGAUCUAAAAGGGACAUACUUCCUCGAGUUUGAAUACAACGGUGAACUGCGAGAAGACAAUGCUGGAUUCUAUCGAUCUUCAUACGUGGAUGACGAAGGGAAGAUUCGUUGGCUUGCCACGACACAGUUUUCGUCAACAGACGCACGUCAUGCUUUUCCAUGUUACGACGAGCCUGGAAUACGAGCUCCGAUCGAACUAACGGUUAUUCAUGGUGAACAAUAUACUGUUCUUUCUAAUAACCUUCCAUUAAGUAGUGAACCUGGACCAAUUGAGGGUUACGUCAAAACUGUAUUCAACGAUACGCCCGUCAUGCAACCUUAUCUACUGGGGAUUAUUGUCAGCGAUUUUGUAUCAGUCUCAUCAGAACUCUAUCCCCGCCAGAGCAUCUUUGCUCGGUAUAAUGCUAUUCGGAAUGGCGAAGGAGACUUUAUUUUGGAAGCUGGAUAUAAAAUCCUAAACGUACUGGAACAGUUCUUGGAAACAAACUAUGCUUUACCAAAGAUUUAUCAGGUGGCUGUUCCAGAUUUUGCUGCUGGUGCGAUGGAAAACUAUGGAUUAGUAACAUACAAAGAAGAGAAUUUUUUCUACAACGAACAUUCUUCGCCGAUGAAGCAGAAACAUGCUAUUGCUACCGUUGUUGGUCACGAAUUCGGCCAUCAAUACUUUGGAAAUAUGGUCUCCCCGUCAUGGUGGAGCUACCUUUGGAUGAAGGAAGGUUUCGCUAGAUACUUUGAAUAUCUUGCCUCAGAUCUGGCAUAUCCGGAACUGCGAAUAGGCGAAACCUAUUCAGUUCAAAAAAUGCAGAAUGCAUUUGAUUUGGACUCCCUAGGAUCCUCUCGUCCAAUGACUUAUUACGUCAAUACUCAAUCAGAAAUCGCUAACAUUUUCGAUAACAUUGCGUACGAUAAAGGUGGAUCAAUAAUGCGAAUGUUUCAGCAUGCUUUUGGAUUAGAAAAUUUUCGACAAGCGUUGAUAGGCUAUCUUCGAGUAAAAGCAUUUCAAGGAGCACAACCAAAAGACUUCGCCGAUGCCAUUCAAAAAGCUAUCGACAAUGCUUCCGAUAUAGCGCUUCCAGUAAAUAUAACUGCUUUAGAUAUCCUAAAGUCAUGGACCGAACAAAGUGGCUAUCCGGUUCUACACGUGUCAAGAAGUCUGGAUUUACGUAUACAUUUAACACAGGAGCGGUACCUUCUCAAAUCUAUAGACACUACUGGAUCUACGUGGAUAUUGCCCUACAACUUUGCAACAACUAAACAUCCCAAUUUUGCUACAACGUCGAACACAAGGUGGCUAAUAACCAGCAGUAUCACACUUCCAGCAGAAGAUUGGGCAUCCUCGGAUUGGAUAAUUUUCAACAAACAGCAAACUGGAUACUAUAGGGUAAAUUACGAUGAACGUCUCUGGAAUCUGAUAACAACACAAUUACACCGUAACGUUUCAACCAUUGACAACAUGAACCGAGCGCAGUUGAUUGAUGAUUCGAUGAAUCUAGCCCGAUCCGGCCGUUUAGGAUACGAUACCGCCUUACGACUCAUCUCAUAUCUCACACAUGAACGAGAUUACGUCCCAUGGGCAGCUGCCAACAGAAAUCUAGCUGUACUGAUGCGCCUCUUUUCAGGAUCAUCUCAGUUGCACUUGCUGAAAAGAUAUCUCCUAUCAGUGAUCAAUCCGGUAUUCGUGGACCUUGGUUUAGAAACGCAACCCAACGAUGAUCUUUUCACACGCCAAGCAAGAGAACUCGCAGCUACAUGGGCUUGCUCGCUAUGUUCCGAGGAGUGCCUCAACACAACAGCUGAAAUCGUAAUGAAGUCGGUAGGAUCAUCCAAUAUCCCAGUUGAUCCGGAUCUUCGUGGUGUGAUAUAUUGCCACGGAAUCAAGAAGGCUGAUAGAGAAGUUUUUCUAGAAGUUUGGAGCCGAAUGCAGACCUCACAAGAUCAAUUGUUCCGCACGGAUUUGAUUCAUGCGCUCGGGUGCACUCAAAACAAUGAGCUAAAGCUACUCUUGCUCAACACUUCCAUAGCAGAUGAUGCAGAAAGUUUAAAAUAUUUUGGCCAAGAACGAGAGCGGAUCUUUACCGCUGUUUACUCGAAUGAUAAAAAAGGGACAGAGAUAGCGUUGCAGUUUUUUGCAGACAACAUAUGGAAAAUUAAUGAAUUAUAUAACAAGGGUAACUUUGGAGGACGCGCCAUUGGAGCAGCGAUAACAGGUUUGGCAAAAUUCAUUGUUGAUAAUGAAUUAAAUACUCAGUUCCAGCAGCUCAUUGAUCAGCUUUCCAAGGCUGGUCUACUGCGUGAUACUGAUAUUCUAAGGGCUCUGGAGCAAUCUAGUGAAAAUCUACAAUGGGUCGAAACAAAGGGAAGAGAAAUUGAAGAGUGGUUACAGGCUUUCUAUCCGGCACCAACAACGGAAGAACCGACAACUAUUACCGAGACUGAAACCACCGAGACACAAACCACGUCAACCACUACAACCACAAGUAUUACUCCGUCGACAUCCACAACAUCCGCGCCAACAAAAACCACAACGAUUACAACUACAACGACGACAGUGGCUGCAAGUUCAACCGUAACAACCACACAUCAAGCGGAAUCAACUGCUACAACUGCGCCCACAAGUACGGCAAGUAUUACUGAACUUGAAACUACAAGUACUACAGUAACAUCAAACGUGGAAACAACCACUGAACAUGAUGAUGGAGCGAGUGGAACGUUGCUAUCCAUUUCAGCGUUGGUGUUUUCAGUUUUGGUUAGUUCUAUUAUUAAAAUCAGUGCCGCUACUGAAGGAAGAAAUCAGUUGCUCUGUAAUUGCCUAUCUACAAAGAUGUGGAAAAAAUUAAGUCUGUUAGUACUUUUUCUAGUUAACUAUGCCUUUUCUGGUGUACCAUUACUGAACAGACAACUAACAGCAACCACCAGGCACGAUACGAUCGAAUACGGAUAUCGACUUCCAAAUACAACUUUACCUCUAAAGUAUGACAUCGAGCUAACAACGCAUGUCCACGAUAAUACGAAUCCAAACCAGUUUGACUUUGAAGGGAAAGUCCUAAUUUCGCUGCAGAUUUUGGAAGAGAAUAUAACAAAUAUCACAUUACACUACCGCCAAACUACGAUAACGCACGUAAAACUGAGCGAAGCUAAUGGAACAGUGAUCAUUGACGAUGAUUCAAGUUUCUCAACAAUCGAGGAUUUAGAGUUCUUAGUUAUCAAUGCUCCAGUCGCAUUAAAUCCUGUAGUACAUUUGCUGGAGAUUGAGUAUCAUGGAGUGUUACGUACUGACAACGGUGGAUUUUAUCGAUCAUCCUACACGAAUGCUAAUGGAGAUACUAGAUGGAUCGCAACCACACAGUUCGAAUCAACCGAUGCUAGGCAUGCAUUCCCUUGCUAUGACGAACCCAGUAUUCGAGCGCCGAUUUCACUGAAGUUAACACAUGGAAGCACUUAUUACGCUAUUUCGAAUAUGCCCAUCAAAUCAAUCAGCGUUAUUGCAAACUACACAACAACUGAAUUCCACGAGACCCUUUCAAUGCAAACCUAUCUUCUAGCAUUUGUUGUAUCCGAUUUUGACAAUGUCAGUGACUACAAUAAUGAUCAAUCGGUAUAUGCUAUUCCAACGGCUAUUGCUAACGGCGAUCUUGAUUUUGCCCUGCAAACAGGAGUUAAAAUAAUCCAUGCUUUGGAAGAUUUCCUUCAGGUGAACUAUAGUUUCCCAAAACUAGAUCAAAUCGCCAUUCCGGACUUUGCUGCGGGUGCUAUGGAAAAUUGGGGUCUUGUGACCUACCGCGAAGAAAUUCUUCUCUACAAUUCUUCUAAAUCGCCAAUGAGCCAACUGAAACGAACCGCUGCUAUUAUUGCCCACGAAUACGGCCAUCAGUUUUUCGGUAAUUUGGUCUCACCUGCUUGGUGGAGUUACCUAUGGUUAAACGAAGGGUUCGCCACUCUUUUGGAAUACUUAGCUUCGGACAAAGUGUAUCCGGAGUUACAUAUUCAAGAUAUGUUCAACAUCGAAGCAGUGCAAACAGCAUUUCAAUCAGACGCACUAGAAUCCACUCGAGCAAUGAAUAGCUAUGUCGAAACACCAGUCGCUAUCUCCGAAUUGUUCGAUGAUAUCGCCUAUCAAAAAUCCGGAUCCGUUUUGCGACAGCUUCAACAUGCUUUCGGCGAUUCAGUUUUUCGUACUGGACUUAAAUAUUAUUUGGAGGAGAAACAAUUCCAAUCAGCUACUCCAGAUGACCUGGCUUUCGGACUUCAACGAGCAGUAGAAGAAACGAAUGCACUCUCUCCCGAAAUCACGGUACUGAAUAUAUUGAAUUCAUGGGCCAAUCAAGAAGGUUAUCCGGUUCUGCACAUUAAUCGCGACACUACUGGUGUUAUCAACAUUCGCCAGGAGCGCUAUUUGUUGAAGAACUCCGAACAAGGCACCAACAUGACUUGGUACGUUCCAUACAACGUGGCGACUCGACAAGAUGAUGAUUUCUCUUCCACCCUACCACUAAAUUGGCUGGUUGGAGACGCCGACGAAAUACGCCCAACAACGUCACUGAAUUGGAACAACGAUGAUUGGGUAAUUUUUAACAAACAGCAAACAGGCUACUAUAGAGUCAAUUAUGAUGAUAAUCUGUGGCAUCUGAUAAGUCAAGAACUUCGUCAGGGAAACCACACAGUCAUCCAUCACUUGAAUCGAGCACAGUUGAUUGAUGAUUCUUUGAAUCUUGCCCGAUCUGGACACAUCAAAUAUGAUAUCGCUUUGCAAUUGAUUCAAUAUCUUGCCCAUGAAGCAGAAUACAUUCCUUGGGCUUCAGCGAACAAUGGACUGACAUAUCUUAAUCGAAUGCUCUCAGGAUCCUCAAAAUAUGAUCUAUUCAAGAAAUACGUUUGGAAUAUAAUCGAAUCACCCUUCCAUAAACUUGGACUAUCAAACAAAGCUAUUGAAUCUCAUUUCGAUAAACUAACGCGCAACAUAUUAGUGAAUUGGGCUUGUUUAGUAGACUCGGAUGAAUGUUUAGCACAAACAAGUGCAUUGCUUUCCGAUGUAGUUUCUAAUAUAACUAAUGACGUCGAUCCGAAUCUCAAAGGUGUAGUUUACUGUAAUGGAUUGCGGAACGCUGAUCGGGAUACAUUCCUUUACGUGUGGGAUCGCAUGCAAAAAUCUCAAGAUCCGGCCGAGAGAUCUUUACUAACGACCGCACUGGGAUGUUCACAAAACGCUGAAUUGCUAACUGUAUUCCUGGAAACUUCCUUAGAUGAAACCGGUGACGCUAAUUAUCGAGGACAGGAACGAGCACGAGUAUUUAGUUCCGUUUACACCAAUGGGAAGGUUGGGUUGGAAACAGGUAUCAAAUUUCUGGCAGAGAAUGCGCAAACCAUCGAUAGGUUGUACAACGGAGGAAGCUUCGGAGGUCGAGCUAUAGGGGCAGCCAUCACAGGAAUGGCUCGGCGAAUCGUCACCAAGGAGCAAAACGAUGAGUUCGAAGCAUUAAUCGCAAAACUGGUGGCUGAUGACUAUUUGAACGAAGGUGAAAUAGCAACAGCCAGGGAACUAUCUAAUGAAAAUAUUAUUUGGGCAAACAAAAAUUUCGGAAUAAUUGAGAGUUGGCUUAAUAAGAAUGUUCGUUCGUCAGCGAUGGCUUUGUCUAUUUCGCUUGUUGUGCUGAGUACAACCUUUACAAUUAAUCUCCUCUUCUGUACCAAAAAAGCCGUGCCAAACCAGUUCUCGCGCGAAUCUAGGACGAUUAGGAUGAUCGCCCUCAAUUCGGUUUUCCUGUGUGGGCUUGCCUUAGCUGCCUCCAUCGUGGCAGCAGAACGGCCUCUCUCUAAAAUGGCGGAUGUUGAACCACCGCUAAUCGCACCUGAAAUGGUGGAACAAAACGGGGACUUUGCUCCAUUCCAGGAUGUGGAUGAUUCUUAUCGAUUGCCUAAAACUAGUAUCCCGACGCACUACGAAGUACAACUAAGCACCGAAAUUCAUACUGGAAAUAGGAACUUUGGAGGGAGUGUACUAAUUCAUUUAACUGUGUUAGAAGCAACCAAUGAUAUAGUUGUGCAUCACCGUGGUCUGGUUGUUCAAACUGCAAAACUUGUAUCAGUGCCAUCGGCAGGAGGAAACCCAGUACAAUUGAAUGAUCCACAGUGGACAUACGAUAGUAGAGUGGAACAACUAACAUUUACCAGUGAUUCACUGCUCAAUCCGGGUAAUUACCAACUGACUAUUACAUUCAAUGGACGGCUGUCGAACAACGAGGAUGGAUUCUACAUUUCCUCAUACACCGACGACACUGGAUCUACAAAAUAUUUGGCCACCACUCAGUUUGAAUCCACAAGUGCCCGAAUGGCAUUCCCCUGUUACGACGAACCAGAUCUUAAAGCUACCUUCGUCAUUAGGAUCAUUCACCACAAUUCUUAUUCAGCUCGGUCAAACAUGAAGUUCACAACCCAAUCGGCUGGUGACCUCACCGUUACCACGUUUAGCACUACUCCGGUGAUGUCUACGUAUCUGCUGGCAUUUGUAGUUUCUGAUUUUGUUUCUCUUGGCGAUGAACGUCACAGUGUCUACGCCCGUCCAAAUGCCAUCGAUGAGGUGCAAUUUGCAGUAGAAGCCGGUAAUAAGAUUCUGGGUGUGCUCAACACUCACAUCGGUAUUGAUUACUAUGACCACAUGCCGGAAAUGAAACAGUUCGCUAUUCCGGACUUUGCAGCUGGAGCUAUGGAAAACUGGGGCUUAGUAACAUACAGAGAACAGUAUUUACUGUUCAAUCCAGCACUGAGUACUUAUCGAACAAAGACCAAUAUUGCCACAGUCAUUGCACACGAAUACGCACACCAGUGGUUUGGAAAUCUGGUCAGCCCCCAAUGGUGGGAAUACAUUUGGUUAAAUGAAGGAUUUGCUACGCUUUAUGAGUACUAUGCUGCCCACCUUGCGUACCCAAGUGAACAGUAUUGGGAACUUUUCAAUCCCCAGGUUAUCCAAGCUGCUAUGGUCCCCGAUGGCUUGGAUUCGACCAGACCCAUGACUUGGAAUGCUGCUACUCCUACGGAAAUUGCACGAUUAUUCGAUCGUGUUGCUUACCCAAAAUCUGGAAGUGUUCUAAACAUGAUGCGGCAUGUGCUCGGAGAAGAAAACUGGACAGCUGGUUUAAAAAAUUAUCUCCUGGAAAGGCAAUUUAAAGGUGCGAACGUAGAGCACCUGCACACCGGACUGCAGGCUGCAAUUGAAGGGAAAAAUAUCUUACCAACCGGGGUAACGAUCAAACAGAUAAUGGAUAGCUGGACAACUGAGAAAGGUUAUCCAGUGAUAAGCGUGCGUCGAUCAUAUGAUUCCGGAGACAUUAUAAUCUCCCAGGAAAGGUUCAUUUCUGAUCGCAAAGUUCCAAACACCAACGUUUGGAUGAUUCCAUACAACUAUGUCCUUCAAUCGGCCGCAAACUUCGACGAUCUGCAUUCCUACGACUGGUUAUCCACCAAAGCAGCCCGACUAAAGGCUAAUGUCCCUGAUAACGAAUGGAUAAUUUUUAACAAACAACAGGUUGGAUUCUAUCGUGUUAACUACGAUACCAAGAACUGGGAGUUGAUCAUCGACGCACUAAAUAAGAACCACGAAAGCAUACAUCGACUAAACCGCGCCCAGCUGAUCGAUGAUGCGUACUGGCUUGCUCGAUCCGGACGUCUUGACUUUGAAAUUGUUAUGAACCUGAUAACCUACAUGAAAAACGAAAAGGACUACGCGCCUUGGGCAGCUGCCAAUAAUGUGUUAUCAUAUUUCAACAGUAAACUUCGAGGAACCCCAGCAUACGAUGACUUCCUGGUUAUGGUGAGAAAUCUCAUUGGAAACGUUUAUUCUACGCUUACCAUCGAUUCGGUUUCCAACACAGAAACUCUCCUCCACAAAUACUUGAAACAAACGAUAUCAACCUGGGCCUGUAUUGCCGGAGAUACCAGUUGCCUGGAGCGAACCAAGGAUGCUCUUACGAAUGAGGCUGUAAAAGGAACUAUGGUACAUCCCGAUAUAGCCAGCGUUGUCUACUGCUAUGGGUUGCGAGAUGCUGGAGAAACUGAGUUUGUAUACCUGUACAAACGGAUUUAUCCCACGCAAAAUUGGGCUUUUAGAACAAUGAUAAUUGAUUCGUUGGGAUGUUCUCAAAACAAAGAUUUCUUGAAGGCCUUCCUGGAAACCGCUAUUGGUGGUAGUGGCGCUGGUGUCGAGAUUAACUAUAAGAGUAGUGAACGUACACGAAUCGUGCAAUCGGUUUAUUCAGGUGGACGUGCCGGAAUCGAAGCUCUAACCGAAUUCCUUAUGGAUCCUAAUAUGCUUAACGAUUUCAUCAGCAAACUUGGUAUUAAUACUCUCAACAACGCUAUCUCAAACAUUGCUUCACGUACAAGCACAGAGCAAGAGCUGGAACAAUUGAACGCACUGCUGACCAGUUUGGGAUUGUAUAUUUCACAGGAGACCGCAGCUGCAGCUCUCGCAACCGUCCAGACAAACAUGGACUGGCACGGAAGCUAUGAAGGAAUGCUAACGACCAAUUUUAUCAAUGAAUACGCAGAAUCAGUUGAUCAGGACACUACCUUAACAACUGGGGAAGUUACGACUACUACUCCUGGUACAACUACUACCAGUGAUGUAACGACUACAACCGCCCAGACGACCACAGCUGAUCCGGGUGGUGCAGCUACCAUUGCAGUAUCCGUUACGUUGCUGUUCGCUACUAUUUUGAUUUCGCUACUCAAGUAAGCUAUUAUAAAGCUUCAGUAUACCAAAUACUUAAUUAUUGGAAAACUCACUUUCAUUUUGAAAUAAACGAUAAGAUACGUA